AUGUGGACAAAAGCAUACGCUCAUGGUGGCGACACAGACACUCAUGGUGGCGACACAGACACUCAUGGUGGCGACACAGACACUCAUGGAGGCGACACAGACGGUCAUGGUGGCGACACAGACACUCAUGGUGGCGACACAAACACUCAGGGUGGCGACACAGACGGUCAUGGUGGCGACACAGACACUCAUGGUGGCGACGCAGACGCUCAUGGUGGCGACACAGACACUCAUGGUGGCGACACAGACGGUCAUGGUGGCGACUCAGACACUCAUGGUGGCGACACAGACACUCAUGGUGGCGACACAGACACUCGUGGUGGCGACACAGACACUCAUGGUGGCGACACAGACGGUCAUGGUGGCGACACAGACACUCAUGGUGGCGACACAGACGCUCAUGGUGGCGACACAGACACUCAUGGUGGCGACACAGACGGUCAUGGUGGCGACACAGACACUCAUGGUGGCGACACAGACACUCAUGGUGGCGACACAGACACUCAUGGUGGCGACACAGACACUCAUGGUGGCGACACAGACACUCAUGGUGGCGACACAGACACUCAUGGUGGCGACACAGACACUCAUGGAGGCGACACAGACGGUCAUGGUGGCGACACAGACACUCAUGGUGGCGACACAGACACUCAUGGUGGCGACACAGACACUCAUGGUGGCGACACAGACACUCAUGGUGGCGACACAGACACUCAUGGUGGCGACACAGACACUCAUGGUGGCGACACAGACACUCAUGGUGGCGACACAGACACUCAUGGUGGCGACACAGACGGUCAUGGUGGCGACACAGACACUCAUGGUGGCGACACAGACGCUCAUGGUGGCGACACAGACACUAAUGGUGGCGACACAGACGCUCAUGGUGGCGACACAGACGGUCAUGGUGGCGACACAGACACUCAUGGUGGCGACACAGACGCUCAUGGUGGCGAAACAGACGCUCAUGGUGGCGACACAGACACUCAUGGUGGCGACACAGACGGUCAUGGUGGCGACACAGACACUCAUGGUGGCGACACAGACACUCAUGGUGGCGACACAGACACUCAUGGUGGCGACACAGACACUCAUGGUGGCGACACAGACACUCAUGGUGGCGACACAGACGACACUCAUGGUGGCGACACAGACGGUCAUGGUGGCGACACAGACACUCAUGGUGGCGACACAGACGGUCAUGGUGGCGACACAGACACUCAUGGAGGCGACACAGACGCUCAUGGAGGCGACACAGACGCUCAUGGUGGCGACACAGACGCUCAUGGUGGCGACACAGACCCCCACACAGCCCCUACACGCGACAGAGACGGAGCGCCGGUGACAGAUCACCUCCAACAAACCCGAGAAAUUGUUUCUUAUUUUGCAGACAAAAAGUUUGUCUUACGGCCACUUUAA